AUGCCAACCCAUGAGGUUGCUGUUGCUGACUGUAAAUCUAAUCUUAUCUGUGAAGUCUUCAGACUAGAAAAGCUGAUGUCAAACUCCAAGAAAGAGUCUUUAGAAUUGUCACUAGUAGCAGAUCCCCCUUUUCUCUACUUGUGCAAUUUGGAGCUUACACAAGAUGCAACACAGAGAUACAACUCUGGAUACCUAAAGCAGUCAAUCACCAAGCACUGGUGCAGUCCCAUGGGAAGAAAAGGGGAUCCACAUUUCUCCCUUAUUCGCAAACACAAUAGAUAUUAUUCCUCACCCCAAGAAGCUGAACAGAAUGGGGAGAAAAGCACAGGAAGAUCUAAUGACAGUGUCAAAGGCUUUCGCAUCGCAGAUCGAACCUAUAAGAUGGCUGCCUUCGCCGAUGACAUAUUGUUGUUUCUGAAAGAUCCCCACAUAUUAAUUCCAAACCUUCUAAAAGAACUGAAGCUAUUUCAUGAUAUUUCCAAUUUUAAGAUUAAUUUUGCUAAAUCCCAGGCCCUGAAUAUCUCCCUCUCACAGGAAACACGCACCCAAAAAAAAAAUAAGACGGUAGAUACUAAAGAUAAAUCACAGACAUCAUCGAAGCCUAAGAAACCUGAUUCCAAGGCACAGACCACUCCUCCUGGGAAUAUUAACUCACUUAAAAAACGAAAUAAAAGAAAAAAUUCAGAAAAGGAACGCAAAAAGGAGACACCAUCACCCAAGGAUGUGGGUCCAUCCAAAUUUACGGAAACAUUUGGGGAAUGUAUUAAGAUCAAAACUGCGUAUGAUACCGCACAAAAAUCAACAUCAGAAUCACAACAAAGACACAAAUCAACAAAAUCGACGCAAGAAGAUUACAAGCAAUCCAAAACAUACCCAAAAGCUAAGCACCAAAAGCAGCAGCCUGAGUUUGGUAAGAGCAAUUUCCACCAUCAAGACAAAUCUGAAUGUAGAGUUAGUAAAGCAAGCAAGUCCCAUCCAGAACCUAGACCACCCAUGGAAUCAUCUCAGCAAUCACUAUUCUCUACUGAAGUGCCAAAAAAGAUCUCCAAGCCAGCAAGGUCAGAUGUCAUCAUGUCAUCUAAUCCUGCCUCGCCAGUGUUAAUAGACGGAGAUGAAUUUUCGACAGAGAGUGAAUCUGAGAAUCCAGCAGUUCGUCCAGGCAAAAAAAUCCUUAAGGAUAAAAAGCGAAUCCGAAAUCGAAAAUUCACAUUCCAUGAAAACCUAGUCUUAAUUGAGAACCUUGUUCCACAUUUUCACAAGCUCCUUGGAAACAGAGCAGCUGCUACGGAGUCAGCAUGGAAAAACACAAUCUGGAAGCAAAUUGCAGAUGCAGUUACGAGUGUGGGUGUCUCUCCACGAUCAGCAGAUAACGUACGUAAGCGGUACCAGGACAUUCGGCUUCUACUAAGGCGCAAGAUUUCGGAUGAAAACAAGAGCAGAAAAGCAACAGGGGGUGGCCCAGAGAAGAAAAUAGUUUACCACCAGUAUGAAGAGUUACUGCGUCCAUACAUAGAUCUAGAUUCCAUUGUUGGCAUCAAGGCUGGUUUUGAUACCUCGAGGCACCAUGAAAACGAGCAACAUAAUGCAGCUCAACACACCUAUCGCCAGCAGAAGCUCUCCUUUAUGGCCAAACUAACUGAACUCUUAGAAGCACAUCUGCCAUCUCCUGGUGAGCAAUCUCAUAAUGCUCGGAAUCUAACCAGCAGCAACCACAGCAGUUUUGUAUGUGAAAGUAUUAUCGAAAAUGAUGCUAAUGAUAAUUUUACUAUUCAGGAUAUGUAA